AUGAGCCCAGAGUGCCAGUCCACCUCAGAAGACCUUAUCAAUCAAGAGUACAUCCGGCCCAAGGACAGCCGAACCGGCCGUCUGAUUGCAAUGCUGGUGAUGGUCUUCUUCUACAUGCUGGCAGAGCUUAUAGUCGGCAUAGUUGGAAACUCCCUCACCCUUGUGGGAGACGCCUUUCAUAUGCUGUCAGACCUGCUAUCUCUUGUCAUAGGUCUGAUCUCUCUUGUUUUGGGGAGGAAGCAGGCAUCGGCACAGGCUACCUUUGGAUAUAAGCGAAGCGAAACCAUAGGAGGGUUUUUUAAUGCAUCCUUUCUCCUAUCUACUGCUUUCUUUCUUGUGACAGAAGCUGUUCAGAAGCUAAUCACCGCAGAGGGAGUUGACUUGAACCAUAUCGAUUUAGUCUUGGGCGUGGCAAUCGGCGGUUUGGUAGUCAAUAUUGCAGGACUCUUCAUUUUCCAUGAGCACGGGAAUGCCCAUGAUCAUGAUCAUGCUCAUGCUCAUGAUACCGGUUGUCAGGACUACCACGAGUCAGGUCAUCCAGAUCACUCGGACGGGAAUUCUGAGAGUUCUCUUGGUUCCCAUGCGCUUGCUUCCACCGUUCAAGUGGUCAGCACUGCGCUCACACCUGAGUCUACUACACUGCUCCUUAAUGGCGCUCAGAAGAGAAGGAGAAGGGGGCACAGAGGCCCCAAGAAACAGAGAAACAUUACUAUGCAUGGUGUGUUUCUCCACGUCCUCGGAGACCUGAUGGGGUCUGUGGUUGCUAUCGUGUCUGCACUAGUACAAAAGUUUGUCACGCAUCCCCUUGCUCACUUGGUUGACCCGAUGACUACCAUGCUCAUGGUCAUAAUAAUAGUUUGUGCAGCAGUCCCUCUGUUGAAGUCCACCAUACGAAUACUACUUCAGGCCAUCCCCGAAGGCCUCUCUCUGGACGUUUUGAAAGAGAGGGUCCUCGAUGUGGACGGUGUCUUGGGCGUACACGACCUGCACGUUUGGACAUUUACAGAUGAGACUGUUAUCGGCCACUGUCACGUAGUCGUCUGUAAUCCCUCGGGCGCCAUUGACCGAACAAGACACUGCCAGAUCAUGAAGGAUGUCAAAUCUGUCUUCCAUAGUUUAGAGGUCCAUAACAUCACUAUUGAGAUAGAGUAUGUGUCCCCAGAUGAAGAGAUUGCUUCUAAUGUAUGCUUCUCUUCCUAUGGGUGCCUAAGCCAACAGAAGAGGUGCUGCAAUUACUCCGUUAAAAUCGUGUCCUAA